CAUCAAGGUCCAAUCGAUUGUCAUAUGGGAAUUAAGUAAAUGUAAUAAGGACAGAACUUAAUUCAACGCGAUUCUCCUGCAGCAACGAACCUCAAAGGGAUGGAAAUGACCUACAAUGUCCUGCUCGGUGCCAUGAUUAUAACAGUAUUAGGUUCAGUUGCUUCUACGACACACUUGAGUAGUACAAAUGUGAUGGUUAAAGCUAUCCUGCAGCCAACCCAAAUCAACGCUACUAAACAGAUGUUAAACCUCUACCCUUGGAUAAGAAACAACUGGGAUCUUAAAGAACCGGAAUUAUAUCUAGUAGAAGAAAUCACACAGUUAUGCUCUGGCAAUAAGACAAGAGAAGACAACCUCUCUAUAGCGUACGUAAAGUUGUCCGUCUUCGUCCUCCCACUCACGAUGGCAUACACGCAUGAAGAAACAAAAGGAAAUCAGCACUAUGGGUUAGCAAAGGUCCUCAAGAAUACAAGCUGGUGGCUAAACAAUACCUACAUGGCCAUAUAUCAUAACGUUUCGGGAUUGCCUUUGCCCCCUCCUAAUCAAAAGACAGAGGCAGAACUGGACGAAUAUACUAGAGUAUUUCUACAAGCCCUCGUCAAUGAUAAACGUGUGAGCCUGACGAUUACUGAUGACGUGGUUAAGACGUAUCGAAACUAUGCUAUCCUUUACACAUUAAAAGAUGUCAUCCGUGAAGUUCUGUCUUGUUUCCAAUUCAUUUAAUAGAGAAGUAUGCUCCAGAAACCAUAUAAUUUUUGACUCUGAUAUUUCAAUGUAUUCACUGAAUUGCAUUUCAAAAAGUAACAAAGGACACUACCAUUUUGAACCCAGCCAGAGAAUCUGGUCGCUUGACAGUGUGACCUGCAAAGUCUCACUCUUGGCGAUCUGUUUCAACAACAAGAAGCUACACAAGAAGCCCCUCUUAACUCGAGUAUCGAUUCUCUUUUGUUAUUUAUUUAUUUUUUUCUGCGAUAACCAGAGCAUCAGCUAUCCGUGAACAGCACGUUGUGGUUUCGCGUGUGCGGACAGGUUACAAAGCUUUUUACAAAAUGGGAGCGUCCUUCAUCGAACGUUGGGAGCUUUAAGGAAAUUUUCAACUGGUUAAGUUACUCUGGAAUCUGGAGAAGCAGUAACCAAUAUGGUUUCUGAAGCAUACUUCUUCAAUUCAUCCAGUAUGACAAAUGUGGCAUCGCCUUCUAUAGAGUAGAAGCAUGCCAAAUAUCUUCCCUAUUUAUCACUAAAACAUAGACAAAAAAUUUUACUUAAGGAAAAAAGGUAAAGUGUGUAAAAUGAAAACGUUAUUUAUAAAUAUAUAAAUAGUUCCAAAGUUAUUUAUAGUUAGAUGCUAUAGUUAAACUAUAAGAUAUAAGAAGCUAUGUAUAGCCAUAUUGGCAAAAACACGUUUUCCACCCGCCUCUCGUUGAUCUAACUCUCAGUCAAAAAAAUCCAUCUUUGAGCCCUUGAUGACCAAGCGGUUUCAACAAACAAUUAUGUCUGCUGAAGAAUCUUUUGAACCAUAGUUAAUAAAGUGCAGCAAUGUUUGUGAAACCUGACAGAAUUUUGAUGUUGUAUCGUCUUUUUUGGUUUUUGUGAACUGAUCGGGCCAGCAUUCAAUACAGUUUCAAUUAUGUUGAGUUACCAUUCAGAAUUCUCAUUAAUGUAUUGUAGUGGCGUCAGACAGCUUGACUUUUAAAUUGUCGGUAAUCUCAAAAUAUUUCUUGGCUUAUUUAGGGUUUUCUGAAUCAGAGUUUGCAAAUUUUGAUUCUGUCCCUGUAUUUAGUCACACUGUGGAAACGCGAAGACAAAAGAUCGCACACAGUGAGCUCUCAGCAAAACCAGCGGCUUUGUUCUUAUUUUUUUUUUCUUGCCGGCUUUCAUAACCGUUCAACUCAACCAGCUAAGGUUCAAUCGAAAUCCAAAACUUGACUUAUUUAAAAAUACGUGGUUAUAUUCCUAACUUAUUAACUAAGUUGUAACUUAUA